UUGAAAUCCCGGACAUAACAGAAAAUGGAAAUACCAAACCGUCCAGGUUUAUCAAAAAAUUCCCGCCAAGAAAGUAGUUAAAAACCUCUUCACCAAGUCACAAUGCCUUAAGCUCAUCCAAAAAGAAUCUCAAUUUCCUUAGCUCUCUCUCUCUCUGUUACUUUUCCCUUAAGAAACACAAACUCUCUCUCUCUGUUCACCACCAUGUUUCAAUUUACCCUGGACCCAUGUGCUCUUCUUCUAAGGCAGGCAGUGACACCCUUCAUUGAGGCGGAAGCCUACAAUGGCGAGAUCUACGUCUCACCGACCGUCGUCACAUUGAUAGCAGAAGCCUCAGGUAGCGUCGUCUUAGUCCUGCGGAUGAAACCUUGCACGUUCAACUCCUUUACCUGCACCAAGAACCUCUCCCUUGGCUUAGAUCUCCGUAUCUUGUACAGCAAUCUCCUUCGAGCCAAGACUCAUGCAUUUCUCCGUCUCUCUGGCGAUGAAACCAGUGGUCACAUUGACUUUGGGCUCCUCGAUACCAGAACUCUGCAAGGCUAUCGAACUCACAUUCCAUUGCUUUCAAGGUCAAAUGAGAUGUUGCCUGUACCUCAUCUCCAAUAUCAAUUUCAAGUAAGAGUGGCGAUACCUGCGGAGCAGUUUAGGGUUAUUAUCAUGAAGCUAUCCCAGUUCGAGGUGGCAGUUUCUGCAAGCGUAACAGAUACUCAAGUUAGGUUCUUAAAUGGAAAUGGGAAGAUUAUCCCAAAUCCUAUUCUCAAGAAGCCGGAGCAGUGUAUUAUUGAGGGUGAUGUUGGGGCAGCUCCAGUUUCCUUGGUGCUCAAUCUCCGUCACGCUAGAGCAAUCAUGAAUGCUUCAGUCAUGUCAAACAUGGUGUGGUUGCUUGGCCAGUCUAAUGGUUCAUCUGUCAUGCUGGAUUGCCCUUUUGGUAAACUUGGUAACCUCAAUUAUUACUUUCCGAAGCCUGAAGCCUGAAGCCUGAAGCCUGAAGCCUGAAGCUUGAGGGUGAUGAGAAUGGUCAAGAUAAUGCGGUUUGAUCACAAGUGUGAAAUACUUUGAGUUGUCUGUUGUAAACAAUGCAGCUUUUCAUCAUUUUGAUUUGUCUGUUGUACUUGUUUUGACAUGAAUAUUCAAUUGCAGGUAAAGUCUGUAAACAAUUAAUGCA